UUGCCGUUUGCCAACCGUUUGCCAGCGUUUUGCCGAGAGCGCUAGUUUUGCGCAAGGAAUAUAUAUAUAUAUAUAUAUAUUAGAACCAGCCCAUGCUCAGCGAUAAUACCUGAAACGAAAAUCUGUGAAUAUAAGUCGUCUGUGAGCGCCGCCCGAAAAAAAGAAAUCCAAUUCAAAAUAAAAUUUAGUGACCAACUAAAGAGUGUUUCAAGUCUAUAAAAUAACAUAAAAACCAAAAAUGCAGUACAUCUAUGUGAUUAGUGCGCUGAUUUUGGCCAUCGCCGUGCAGCAAGGAUAUGCCAUCAAGUGCUUUGUCUGCAACAGCCACAAAGAUGCCAACUGUGCGUUGGACAUACCGCCCGACAACUUGCUGAAGGACUGCGAUGAGCAGUAUUCGUCCCGCGGCAAGGGGAUUCCCACGUACUGCCGCAAGAUCACGCAGAUCAUUGAGUUCUCCGUGAACAGCCUGCCCCCGGAUAGCCGUGUGAUAAGGACCUGUGCUUAUCAGAACCAAACCUCCACCAACUACUGCUAUCAGCGGGCCGGGUUCGGAGGUCGCCAGGUGGUCUGCUCCUGUGAUACGGAUAACUGCAACGGAGCCGGGGCGAUGGGCGCCUCAGCAGUGGGCGUGGCAGCCAUGGUGGGUCUCCUGCUGACCGCCCGCCAAUAUCUACAGCGUUAAGGACGGAAUCGAGGGAAUCCCUCAGUUGUUUUUGUUUGUUUUAUCGAUGCAUCCACCCAGUUUUCGUUUUUCGUAUAUGCUGCUGACUCUUUGACUUCUGUGACACUUUCACCGCUUUCUUCCCCCCACUUACCCCCCAAACCCCAUCAUCAAACAAGGUCCACUCGCAGAGCUGCUCCAGAGUCUGCUCUGGCCCAGCCUGAUUUUGUAACAUUUUUUGAAUGGAGAACCGUAAAAGCUUUAUACAAAGUAUUAAAUAAUAACAUAAUUCCCUAAUUAGAAGUGUAUAUAAAAACCAAAGAGAGCAAGUAACAAUUGGCCAAUAUAAUCGUUUGAAUCUAUUUACAUUAACUGAAUUUUUGAAACUAACGUAUUAAACGAAUGCAGAAGCAAAUAACGAUAUAAAACUAAAACCUACCGCAGUUGAAAGUAUUUAACAAAUCGAAAUAAACCAAUAAGUCAAUGGAGGCCACAAAAAGCUAAAAAUGUUAAAAAUUAAGGCUACCAAAAUGAAAAGUAGUACAUAAAACUAUAAAUGUUAACACUCUUCUCCUAAGUUUCUUUCUUUUUUUUUAUUUUCAUAAGACUUAAACCAAAUUUCUAACAAACAAGCUAAGUGUCGGCCAUAGCUAAAAAUAAUAAAUAAAGUAUUUGAAAAUAAAGCUCAACGAGGAGAACACACUUCAUAGAAUAAUUAGCAAGCAAUUGGGAGAGGAGGAAAGUCGUCCGAGGAAAACCUAAAGAUAGUUGUGACACGCUUAGGACCGACGCCCACGCCCAUAUCUAUCGCACUCCCAAGGGAUUAAAAAAACACUCGUUGUUGUAACCAACUGCCAAAAACGGAAAACUUUGAAAUCGUUUCAUCUACCGCAUAGGCAACACCCAGCAAGGAUACACCAAAUCUAUGGGAUAUCUCAUAUUUGAGUAGAGGAAAUACCAAAUGAAACCUUUUGUCCAACGUAGCAAUAAAUGCAGAUGCAAAUGCAGAUACCAAGUAAAACAUUUAACACGUUACAGAAACCAAAGCAACAAAUACAUCACUUUUAGUUCGUAUAGCAAAAUAACAGUUUAUAGUGAAAAUUUUUUAGUUAAGAAUCUCCUCUAAAAUGCAAUAUUUAUAAUGCAAUAAAAUUGUAAAAUGUUUAAAGUGAAAAACAAUAAAUAUGAAUACAAAAUUCGAA